AUGGGCGGACAGCAAGCGGUGAUACCGUCAAAGCGGGCGCUUGACGAAGCCGAUGCUGGAGUUGGUAAAGAUCCCAGAGGCAUUGUCAUCAAGUCCCUGUCUGUGCCGGUCAGUCCUCCAUGGAAGAGGAGGCGGAACGGGGAAGAGGCGCAUGAUAGCACCAGCACCGAUGCCGGAGUGCGGUUCAGGAGUCCGUUUCAGCUGACGGCCAUCCGUGACCUGCCGGCCGAGGACAACGUCGACACGGUGACGGUGGACGAGAUAUUUGGCAGCCCGUUGGUGGCCGAGUGCUGGGAAUUCAAUUAUCUGCACGACAUUGGCUUCUUCAUGGACGCCCUGAACGAGGACGUGCGCCACCUGGUGCACGUGCACGUGGUGCACGGCUUUUGGAAGCGGGAGGACCAGCGGCGCCUCGAGCUGGAGGCCGAGGCCGCGCGCUACGCUAACGUGCAGCUGCAUACGGCCUUUAUGCCGGAGCCGUUUGGCACGCACCACUCCAAGAUGGCAGUACUCUUCCGGCACGACGACACCGCGCAGGUGGUCAUCUACACGGCCAACAUGAUACCCCACGACUGGGCGAACAUGACACAGGGCGUCUGGCGCUCGCCCCUACUUCCGCUCCUGGCCGAUGAUGUCGACGGAGAGGACGAGAGUGAGAUCGAUGGCCCCGUUGGGAGCGGUCGUCGCUUCAAGACGGACCUGCUCAGUUACCUGAGGGCCUACAACCAGCGGCGCUCCAUCUGCCGGCCGCUCGUCGAGAGGCUGGCACGCUACGACUUCGCGGCCGUACAGGCUGCCCUGAUCGCCAGCGUGCCGGGCAGACAUUCCCUAAUCCGACAGCCCGACGAGAAGUAUCACACCCAGUGGGGAUGGACAGCUCUGAAAAACACUCUUCGCUCGGUGCCGGUGCAGGCAGUCGCGCCCUCCACCGAGAUCGUGCUGCAGGUGUCCUCCAUGGCGACGCUGGGACCCACGGACGCAUGGAUUCGACACACACUUUUCAGUGCGAUGGCCACGGCUAGUAGUGCUGUCGAUAAGGGCGGCAGCAUCGGCAAAGAGGAGCUACAGCAGCCUCGGUUUCGUGCAGUCUUCCCCACGGCAGACGAAAUACGGCGGUCACUGGAGGGCUACAAGUCGGGUACUUCGAUUCACACCAAGAUACAGUCAUCGCAGCAGCAGAGACAGCUGCAAUAUAUGCGGCCGUUGCUGUGCCAUUGGGCCAACGAUUCGCCUGAUGGGGCGAAGCUCCCAGAUGGUGCCACCCCGAUUGUAAAUGGCCGCAAACGGGCAGCGCCACACAUCAAGACAUAUGUGCGAUAUGGCCAAGUCGGCGUGGACUGGGCAUUGCUUACGUCAGCCAAUCUGUCGAAACAGGCCUGGGGCGAGGCUGUGACUGCAGCAGGUGAGGUGCGGGUUGCAUCGUGGGAGAUUGGCGUGAUGGUCUGGCCGGGCCUGUUUGCGGAGACGGCUGUGAUGCAGAUAGUCGGCGGAAGCGACAGCGUGCUGCAGCCGGCGACCGGAAAGGCUGCGGGGAGACCAGUAGUGGCCCUGCGGGUCCCGUACGAUCUGCCCCUGCAGCAAUAUGGCAAGGGUGAGAUACCGUGGGUGUGCACGCUACCUGACGAGGAGCCCGACUGGACCGGACAAGCGUGGAGCGGUUAG